UACUGAGCAGCGGGGAGUGUAGUUGGAGGUGGGGACAGUGAUGCCUGGGCACAGGCCAAGGUGGGAGAGGAGGAGGGAGCAGCCGACCACCGAAAGUCCCUGCCUGAAGAAUUUGCCAAGCGUUCUGCGUGUGUUAGGAAAGCGGGGAAUUCCAGGAGCCCUCCCGCUCUGCUGCAUUGCUAUUCCCUUCCCUUCCCUUCCCUCUUCCCUCCGCCUCCUGUCGUCACCCUGGACACGUGUGAGGGAGCUCAAUAACAACCAAAGCUCUGUCGCGGGCUUCAUAAUCCUGGAAUGAGCGGCCGCAUCUGUGCUGCUCCGGAGGAUGCAGUAAGCAGCCGGGAGUGGGAAAUACUGCCCGUAAUCCCUCCCUGCCUGCCUUUCCUUCUGCCCACCACGGGAACAUGAAAGCUGCGUGUGUCCAGCUGCUGCUGUGGGCCCUGUGCCUGGUGGCCCUGGCUGAAGGACAACCCAAAGCACGUGUGAGGUGUUCAGUGGAGUGCAAAGAUUUUUCAAAGCCGUUACCAGAGAAGCUGAUCAGGAGCUACCGCGUGACCGAACCCGCCUGUAAAAAAAAUGGCACCAUAUUUACUACCGUGAGGUCCAGGGAGAUUUGUGCAGAUUCAAAUGAAGACUGGGUGAAGAGGAUCAAAACCAAACUGGAUGGGAAUAAGACCACAGUGAUGCCACCACGUGCUGCCACCUCAGCAGACGAGCCCGGUAGUGUUGAGAGACAUGUUGGUCUUCCACAAACAGCUCCAUCUCAAGCCACUGCUCCAGCUAGUGGCUUCCAAGGGACUGGAACAACAGCUGGGGAGGGAACACAUGCUCCUGCUGCCAGCACAGAGGUGUCCAGCAAGUCCCCAGUGGGCAGGCAGGACCCCACAGGAUUCAGCCCUGCGGUGCAGGAAGAGGCUGCGCGCUCUGCGGUCACUCCAGAAGGAAAGAGAGAGGCCUCAAAUUCUCCUUUGUCUUCAGCUGCUGUUGCAGCAGGCAUGGGCUCCAGCCAGCCCACCCCACACCCCACUGGUCAAGAUACAGCUUCUCCUAGCUCAAAUUCAGGCCUGAUGCCUGCUACUGAAGGGUCAAACCAACCUGCACUUUCUCCAGAUGGAUCCCUGGACCCUGCAAGUGCCAGAGCCAGCACACCAGGCAGUGCUUCCAGCAGCUCAAGGUCACAUCUCCCCUCCAUCUGGGACUUUAUAAAGAACACAACAGUCACAGAGACAGCACCACAGACUACUUCAGUUUCUACUCUGAGCUCCACCACAGCCACAGACAAAGCUGCUUCUGUCCAUAGCAGCAGGGCUGUUGGUGCUACAGCGUUUGAUCAUUCAUUGCCUGUAGGGAAGCAAGAGCCUUCAGACACAGUAGUUUUUACUCACAAAGCAUUCUCAGGCCAAGCAAGAGUGCAGAUGAUCACAGUCAGGCCAAAAAAUCAGCCUCUGCCCAGCUUCUUGUCAAAGUCUCAAAUGCACUUUGUCAUCCCAGUUGCUGUGGUAUGUGGACUGAUGGUUAGCAGUGUUGCUCUUGUAUGGGUGUAUCUGAAAUUUGGAGUCAAACCAGAAGAUACAUCAAGAGAAAUGGUACAGGGCUUGCUCUACCAGCAGCCAAGGCAUCAAGACAAUGUCUAUCCAAUGGAAGUAUUAUGAAUGCUUCUGGCAUGGACAUUUCUGGACUCAACUGUGUAUAUAUUUUUGCAGAAAAGCUGUUUAUGCUGAGCUGGUGACCAGUAGGAAACAAGCCUGGGAAUUAAAAUCACAGAGAAAACAGAUUUUUUUGCAGAGCACAAUGCCCAACAAUAUAUCUACUUCAUCACUGACCAAUCACAGUGUUUUGGAAAUAAGGGAGACCCUUCUUUUCUACUGGCACUCUUCUGUAUGGAGGCUGUGGCUGUUCUCCUGCUGUUGGUGGCUCUGUGCCAGGUGAUGUGAUUUUUGAAGUCACUGUUGGGAAUUUUUCUGUGGUUCAUCGUGGCCCAGGCAAGAAACCACUCACCCACCCACACUGUUGGACUUGGGCUCAACCACCUUGAGCAAUCUUAACACCAAACCCACACAAUUUGCACUUAAACUCUCUGCUGCUUCUUUCUUUGCACUUCAGGUCUCUGCUCUGUCAGACCAAGACUGAAGCUGGUGGCCAGCUGGGUGCUGGCUCUCCUUGGGCUGGUUGAAUUUGCUCUCAUCAUUUUCUCUUGCUGGAGACACGAGGGACAGCCCAGCUUUUCAGGAAUAGCUGACCAACACUGCAUCUGAUCAGGGAACUAAAGGUCAGUGCUACAGAUCUUAUAUGCAGAGAAGCUGGCAACCCAGAAUCGAUCUCCUCCUUGAAAUCAGGCCCUUCCUUAUAGCAGCUGUGGGCAUUUCUUCUUGCAGAUGCUGGGUCUUGGCAAAUCAAUGCAAUAAAUCCCUUCUGCCAGCUGAUGCACCUUGUGUCCAGCUGCAUCAACACCAGGGCAGGAUAACACUGAUGAAUCUUCACAAAGGGGAGAAAACAAGAGGUCACCCAAUAAUUUUGCUAUUCCUGUGUUAUUAUCAUUGGAACAUUUUUGCUAUUCUCUGCAAGCACAAAUCCCAGGAAAUGUGGAGCUGAAGGCAAUUCUGGAUGUAGUUAUGCAGGAAUUACACUACCACAGCAGACAUAACAUUAUUGUUAUAAGAAAUAAGCACAUUUUCUGAUCCACACACA